CCAUUGGCUUCUGUAAUGGUACUAAACCACCUAAAUGUUUCUUUUGGGUCUUUGCAGGAGAAGAAAUUUUUUAACUUUGGGAAGAUUCUCUUCAGCAACACCACAGUUGUCCUGAAUUUUGAAGGAGAUGAGAAGGCUUGCAAUCCUUCCCAAAGUUACAAUGUUACCUGGUACUUAAGAUACUGUGAUUGCUACAAUGAAAUCUUCAGCUUUGGGGAUGAACAAGUGGAAUAUUAUUUUGGGGCCACGUCUGAGGAGCGUUCUGGUUGGUCAGGGUCCUAUGCCAUGGCUUCGCUCUUCUUCCCCAACUGUUCUGAGCUCUUCAAACCACAGAUGUUCUACAAAGAAUAUGUUCAUCCAGAACCCCUCUCAGGUAACAAACAGGAGAGUUUAAAAGAUAAGAAGGAGAACAGUGCAAACCAUACGACUAUGGCAGAAAAAACUGCAAGGAAUGCUUUGAUCAAAACGUGGCGAGAUGGGCCAUAUAUCUUUAUUGUGCAAAUUGGGAUUAUGGCCUCGAAAGAGUCUAGUACAAAAAUUAAGAGGAUGGAGAAAAGUACACCCUCAUCUAAUCCUGAAGAGAAACUCUUUACAAUGACAGUGGAGCUGCAAGGUCCAUAUGAAUACCUCUCUCUUGCAGACUAUCCUCUCAUGAUCUUUUUUAUGGUGAUGUGUAUCGUAUAUGUGUUCUUUGGAGUUCUCUGGCUUGCAUGGUCAGCCUGUUACUGGCAGGACCUCCUCAGGAUCCAGUUCUGGAUUGGUGCCGUCAUCUUCCUGGGAAUGCUGGAGAAAGCAGUCUUUUAUGCAGAAUUUCAGAAUAUCCGUUACAAGGGAGAAUCUGUCCAAGGAGCGCUGAUACUUGCAGAACUGCUUUCUGCUGUGAAACGUUCACUGGCUCGGACUCUGGUCAUCAUAGUGAGCCUGGGAUAUGGGAUAGUCAAGCCUCGUCUUGGAGUCACUCUUCACAAAGUGGUUAUGGCUGGAGCUCUCUAUCUAUUAUUUUCUGGCAUGGAAGGUGUCUUGAGAGUUACAGGGGCACAGAAUGAUCUUGCCUCCUUGGCCUUUAUUCCGCUGGCUUUCCUAGAUACUGCCCUCUGCUGGUGGAUAUUCAUCAGCCUCACUCAAACAAUGAAGCUGUUGAAACUACGGAGGAAUGUUGUGAAACUUUCUCUUUAUCGGCACUUCACCAACACUCUUAUCUUGGCAGUAACAGCUUCCAUUGUAUUUAUCAUUUGGACCACCAUGAAGUUCAGGCUAGUGGAUUGUCAGUCGGACUGGCGGGAGCUGUGGGUGGAUGAUGCCAUCUGGCGGUUAUUAUUCUCAAUGAUACUUUUUGUCAUCAUGAUUCUGUGGAGGCCAUCUGCCAACAACCAAAGGUUUGCUUUCUCACCAUUGUCUGAGGAAGAUGAUGAUGAUGAACAGAAAGAGCCAAUGCUAAAGGAAAGCUUUGAAGGGAUGAAAAUGAGAAGUACAAAACAAGAGCCAAAUGGGAAUGUGAAAGCAAACAAAGCUCAAGAAGAUGAUCUGAAGUGGGUAGAAGAAAAUGUUCCUUCUUCAGUGACUGAUGUUGCUCUUCCAGCUCUUCUGGAUUCAGAUGAGGAAAGAAUGAUUACACACUUUGAAAGGUCCAAAAUGGAGUGAGGAAGCACUUGCUUCUUACUGUCAGGAGAAGGGGAGCUUCCGUUUCCUUUAGGCUGCCCAGUGAAUCGGGCAUCCUGCUGAUCUGUUUCUUGAUCUUAACCUUUGGAGUUAGUUGAUGUACUGCAGUGAGGGUGUCUUGCACAGCUUGCUGUGGAAGAGGUGCACAAGGACAUUGUUAAACCUUUGGAAACUUUGAAAUUAAAAUGUUGAUGCAAGUUUGGAUUUUUAAGCAAUUUAAAUGUGUAUUAUUCCAGCACCUUCUGUAACUUUUCAGAUAUUUAAUCUGUCACUCAAAUUCGUAACACCUGCCUGAGGGACUGUGAAUUCAAUGUUGCAAUUAACUUUCACAGGUCAACUGCCCGUGCCUAUUUGGGGGGGGGAGGGUAAAACACAAAUAAGAUUUAUUGAAGAAACAGUCUUCCUGUUUUCUGGGAAGUGAAUGGCUGAUUGCUGGAGACCACAUACUGGCUGGCUUGCAGGGAGAAGAAGCUUUAGAGAAAGAAGCUCCUGUUGCUGAAGGAAGUCCAGUAAGAUACCAAAAACAGAAUAUUUGGAAAAGUUACAGUGAUAUUGAUGAUGGAGUUAAAAAACAAACAACAAAACAAGUGCAAUUUUAUUCACAACACUGUGUAGGAAAGAUUUUCUAUUUUAAAUGUCAUUUACCUAGAAGCAACAGUUGCAUAACUUUAGCAUUUGUGGUGGCACAUCUCAUUGCCGGCAAUGUGGUGAAUGCCUGAAAAAUUGAUUACCCUUCCCUUCAGAGUGUUGCGUAGCCUAAUAAAAACUUCCUGCAGCACUUUA